CCAUAAAGAACCCUUCAAACUCUCCCACUCAACUCUCUCCUCACCUCACCUGGCUCUUGCUCAUACUCUAGACUUCUUCAGCUCCCCCACUCCGAUCCAUUCUUCUUCUCUAAUCUCAGGUCUGAAUCCCUCCUUCUUCGCUGUCUCUACAGCGUUUCCUUUAUGUUUUAAGUAAAAGAUGCAAGCUGCGAUUCGUUCGUUUGUGUCCGGUGGAAACGUUGUGAGAGCCUCUCUGCUGCAGCAUCUCCGUGUGAUCAACCCGGCGAGUCAGCCUUCUGUGUUUGGGUCACGCUCCGAGUCGACUCAGCCUUCUCGUAUGGAGGAGCAUGGGUUCGAGAGCACGACCAUCUCUGACGUCAUGAAAGCUAAAGGCAAAAGUGCUGAUGGAUCUUGGCUUUGGUGUACUACUGAUGACACUGUUUACGACGCUGUUAAAUCCAUGACACAACAUAAUGUUGGUGCGUUGGUGGUUGUGAAGCCUGGUGAGCAACAAUCUCUUGCUGGUAUUAUUACAGAGAGAGAUUAUCUUAGGAAGAUCAUAGUGCAAGGUAGAUCAUCCAAAUCAACAAAAGUAGGAGACAUUAUGACUGAAGAGAAUAAACUUAUCACCGUGACACCAGAGACCAAGGUCUUGCGGGCUAUGCAGCUAAUGACAGAUAACCGGAUUAGGCAUAUUCCGGUGAUAAAAGACAAGGGUAUGGUAGGAAUGGUGUCCAUAGGUGAUGUGGUCCGUGCAGUGGUGACUGAGCAUCGUGAGGAGCUUGACCGCCUAAAUGCUUUUAUCCAGGGAGGUUACUAGACGGUUUUAAGAUUGGUAAGAAAAGUGUUACGUACCGUGUUUUAUCCACUGCUUGAUGAUCCUCUAAAGCUUUUAAGAUCGAAUGUAAAUAUGGAGUCUUCUCUGAUUUUUGUUGUUGUUGUUGUUGUUGUUGUCUGUCGUUUUCAUUGGUUAACUUGUCAAGACAUGGGUUUUGAGCUACUCUGCAAGAUAAUAAAACAAAAGGACUCUUCUCUUUAUUGAAUAU